AGUACUAUUGUAUAAUACAAUGCAUGUGGAACUGAAAACUAUUAAUGUUUUUAUUAGGAUUGCAUCGGUGCGAUUGAUGGCACACAUGUGAUGGCGGUUGUACCUACUGAGAAGUCCAUUCCGUACUUUGGAAGAAAGGGAUAUCCAACCCAAAAUGUGAUGGCUGCAUGUGACUUUGAUAUGUUAUUCACAUUUGUUUUGCCUGGAUGGGAAGGUGCAGCACACAACACCUCUAUUUUUCUUGAUACUAUUCGUAAACAAAGUAACAACUUUCCGCACCCACCACCAGGAAAAUAUUAUGUAGUUGAUUCUGGAUACCCAAUGAUGAAAGGCUAUUUGGCACCAUACAAGGGGAUAUCAUACCAUCUUCAGGAAUUUCGAAGGAGAGGUGGAAGCCCUAGAACUAGACAUGAAAAAUUUAAUCAUGCUCACUCAUCUCUUCGAUGUACGAUUGAGCGCACUUUUGGUGUGUGGAAGAAUAAAUGGAGAAUUAUCAUAAACAUGCCAUCUUUUCCAUUCCAUAUCCAAAUACUUAUUGUAUCUGCUACUAUGGCUCUUCAUAAUUUUGUUAGACUAAAUGAUAGGGAUGAUAUGGGCUUUAUAAACGCCACUCAAGAUUCAAUUUCUAGAAGAGAACAUAAUAGUGAAGCAGGUAGCAGUUAUGAGCAGAAUUCAGGAACUUUAACAGACCCUGCGAUGGUGGUUCUUCGUGAUUCCAUUGCUAAUUCCAUUUGGGAGGAUAAUAAUUAGUAGUUGUCUUUUCUUUUUUUUAAUAUUAUGUAGUACAAUUUAAACUUGGGUUAUUGGUAUGUAUUUUAUCAUAUUUUUUUACAUUUUUAUGUAGUACAAUUUAAUCUUGGAUUAUUGGUGUA